AUGCUUGAUGCUGAUGGGUCUGAUGGAGGAAACAAGCGGAAGCGGGAUGAGGAAAAUUCUGGUUGUGCAAUGGUACUUGAAGAGUCUGCAGCCAUUCCUGAAGUUGAUGAUACAGCUUUUUGGCAGUUUGCUCCGUUUCCAGAAGUAAGGGCUGAAUAUGAAAGAAGAAUGGGGGUGAUAAAGACACAGCGUAAGUAUAAGUUUGUCACAGAUUUGGUCGAUUCUCUGGAGAACAAUCAAGAUCAGUUGCCUAUGGAGCUUUCAGAGGAGGAUGAUCCAGAUGGUGAUCAUAUCAUUUUUGAAAUGGAGGAACGCCGUGGUGCUGGUUCUGUUAAGGAUUAUUUUGGUUCUACCUCUGUGACACCUGUCUUCAGGCCAUCGAAUGAUACGAAGUGUUCGGAGUUGCAGCAACAGGUCAUGGCUGAUGGGAGCUCCCCCUUAAAGAGACCUCGUGCUGAUGAUGAUUUGGUUGAUAAAUACCAGGUUGAUACAAGAGGACUAUGGUCAGACAAGCUCGCAAGUGAAGAUGGUUGA